GAUUCCCACAAUCACUUACCGUCCUAUAAAUGCAUCAUUCCUCCUCACUCAAAAGCGCCAACUGCUUCAAACCAAACACACAUUCCAUAUUUUCCUCCUUCCUCCCAAACAACACCUCAUGGCUUUCACUUCCCUGCCCUCUGUUAGAAGCUCCAUUUCAUGCCCAACUAUGCUUGUUCCCGAUAACAUUUCACCACGAAAUAAUAAAGGCCUCUAUAAAGGGCAACGCAACCUCCGAGACUUGACCGUACCAAAUGUUGCAACCCCAUCACCUGAGACCCUGAUUGCCCCUCCAACACCGCAGGAACGCCCACGGACCACCACCCACCAUGUUGCAUGGACUAGUGUCCCACAAGAGAGAUGGGAAGGAGAGUUGCAUGUUCAAGGCCAAAUACCACUAUGGCUCAAAGGAACGUACCUUAGGAAUGGGCCUGGCAUGUGGCACAUAGGGGAUUAUAACUUCAGGCACCUCUUCGACGGUUACGCGACGGUGGUGAAGCUCCAUUUCGAGAACGGGGGGUUAGUCGGCGGCCACCGGCAAAUCGAAUCGGAGGCGUACCGCGCCGCCAAGAAGAACCAGAAGAUAUGCUACCGGGAGUUUUCCGAAGUGCCUAAGGCGGCGAAUUUCCUGGCCUACGUGGGGGAACUGGCGAGCCUGUUCUCCGGCACGUCGCUGACCGACAACGCGAACACCGGCGUGGUGAGGCUGGGCGACGGGAGAGUGGUGUGCCUGACGGAGACUCAGAAAGGAUCCAUAGUGAUAGAACCGGAGACGCUGGAAACGGUGGGGAAGUUCGAGUACAGUGACUCGCUGGGGGGUCUCAUCCACUCUGCACACCCUAUUGUGACUGAUCAAGAGUUUUUGACGUUGUUGCCUGAUUUGGUGAGGCCCGGUUACCUUGUGGUGAGGAUGGAGCCUGGGUCCAACCAGAGGCGGGUUAUUGGGCGGGUCGAUUGUCGGGGCGGCCCAUCACCCGGUUGGGUUCACUCUUUCCCCGUCACCCAACAUUAUGUUGUUGUGCCUGAAAUGCCCUUGAGGUACUGUGCUCAGAAUUUGCUCAGGGCUCAGCCUACCCCCUUGUACAAGUUUCAGUGGCACCCUCACUCCAAGGCUUUCAUGCAUGUCAUGUGCAAGACUAGUGGAAACGUUGUGGCAAGUGUGCAAGUGCCUCUGUUCGUUACUUUCCAUUUCAUAAAUGCCUACGAGGAGCGAGAUGUGGAUGGGAGGGUCACCGCCAUUAUUGCUGACUGUUGUGAGCACAAUUCAGAUGCUUCCAUUCUUGAUUCGCUUAGGUUGCAGAACCUUCGCUCCUUUAAUGGUCAAGAUGUUCUCCCUGAUGCUAGGGUUGGUCGGUUCAGAAUACCCAUGGAUGGAAGCCCAUACGGAACAUUAGAGGCAGCAUUGGAUCCGAAUGAACAUGGGAGAGGCAUGGACAUGUGCAGCAUAAACCCUAAUUAUUUAGGGAAGAAAUACAGAUAUGCCUAUGCUUGUGGAGCACACCGACCUUGUAACUUCCCCAACACCCUCACCAAGCUUGAUUUAGAAUUGAAAAAGGCUAAGAACUGGCAUGAAGAAGGUGCUGUGCCCUCAGAACCCUUCUUUGUGGCACGACCUGGAGCAACAGAGGAAGAUGAUGGCGUGGUAAUCUCCAUAAUCAGUGAGAAAAAUGGAGACGGAUAUGCAUUGCUGUUAGAUGGUUCCACUUUUGAAGAGAUUGCUAGGGCCAAGUUCCCUUAUGGACUUCCAUACGGAUUGCAUGGCUGCUGGGUUCCAAAAGAGUAGUAACACCGUGACUAAAGAUUGUGUUAUUUUAUAGUAUCAAAUCUGUUCAGAGGAGCACUACACUACACCUAUAAAAUAUAUUAAUUAUACAACUAUACCGAGUUCGAGCGACAGUGAUCCAUGAUAUUUGUGUAUGAUAAAGUAUUAUAGCAAUUAAGGAAUUCGUAUAAUUCCCCUUAACAUUUUGUACCUUGAACUUCAUGUAUUGUAUAUCAAUGAGUAUUCUCA